UGUGUGUGUGAAUGGUGUUAUUGUGUGGGUCAAGACUCAAGAGCAAGAGAGCAGCUAGCUCAGCUCAUUCCUUUUGCUUACUUUAAAGCCACGCGCAAACGCGAGCACAAACGGACUUGCUCACUCCAUCAUCUUCUCCUUCUGCCGCUCCUUCCUCUUCUUCUUUUCCAAUCUCCACCGCAAGCAAUGCCGGGAGGACACUGCUGAUCAUUAGCUAGCUGGUCCUUUUCUUUUCUCUAUUGAUAUAGUUCAACCAUUUCGGCCACCGAUCUCCACAUCAUUCUCCUCUCUCGCCAAUCGAUCUCUAUCUAGCUAGCUAGAUAGCUUCACAUUACACGAUGACAAACAACAAUAGCAACAAUGGCAAUGGCGGCAGCAACUCGGCGGCGAGCUGGCUGGGCUUCUCGCUCUCGCAGCACAUAGACGACCACCAGCAUGUGCAGCACCAGCAACAGCAACAGCACCAGGGCCUCUUCUACCCCAGCUCUGUCGCCGCCGCCUACAGCCUAGGCACCGACGUGGCCAGCGGCGGGUAUUACUCGCAGCUGGCAUCCAUGCCGCUCAAGUCCGACGGUUCCCUCUGCAUCAUGGAAGCUCUCCGAAGAACCGAUCAACAGGAUCACCACGGGCCGAAGCUGGAGGACUUUCUUGGAGCGGGGCAGCCAGCGAUGGCGCUGAGCCUGGACAACACCUCCAGCUUCUACUACUACGGGGGCGGAGGCGGUGGUGGUGGCGGUGUGCACCACGGGAACGGCCACGGUGGCGGUGGCUUCCUGCAACAGUCGUACGACUUGUACGGCGGUGCUACGGCGGUAGCGGCCGAGGAGGACGCGGCGGCGGCCACGGCCAUGGCGAGCUGGGUGCAGGCCGCGCGCGGCGCGACGAGCGCGUACGCGACGGCCGAGAACGUGCUGUCCAUUGCGGCAGGAGCAGGCCAACAGCAGCAGCAGCACCUUCACGGGCACCACCACCCGCUGGCCCUGUCCAUGAGCUCCGCCGGGUCGCUGUCCAGUUGCGUGACCGCGGGGGCCGAGUACGGGUCCGUGGUCGCCGCCGCAGCGGCGGACGGCGGGCGGAAGCGCGGCGGCGCGACGGCGGGGCAGAAGCAGCCAGUGCACCACCGCAAGUCCAUCGACACGUUCGGGCAGCGGACGUCGCAGUACCGGGGCGUCACCAGCAGGCAUAGGUGGACGGGGCGGUAUGAGGCGCACCUGUGGGACAACAGCUGCAAGAAGGAAGGGCAGACCAGGAAAGGGAGGCAAGUUUAUCUCGGAGGGUACGACAUGGAGGAGAAGGCGGCUCGGGCGUACGACCAGGCAGCACUCAAGUACUGGGGCCCUUCCACCCACAUCAACUUCCCCCUGGAGGAUUACCAGCAGGAGCUGGAGGAGAUGAAGAACAUGACGAGGCAGGAGUACGUGGCACACCUCAGAAGGAAGAGCAGCGGCUUCUCUCGCGGCGCGUCCAUGUACCGCGGCGUGACCCGGCACCACCAGCACGGGCGGUGGCAGGCGCGCAUCGGCCGCGUCUCCGGCAACAAAGACCUCUACCUCGGCACCUUCGGGACGCAGGAGGAGGCGGCGGAGGCGUACGACAUCGCCGCCAUCAAGUUCCGGGGACUCAACGCCGUCACCAACUUCGACAUCACGCGCUACGACGUCGACAAGAUCAUGGCCAGCAACACGCUCCUCCCCGGAGAGCUCGCCAGGCGAAACAAGGACGCUACCGCCGCGCCGCCACUGCCCCUGCCAUCCCCUGACGACGGCGCCGCCUCCGCCCUGGUGCCCCUGUCCACUCAGACUCAGAGGACGGACGCCGGCGGCCGCGGCCACCACCAAGACGUCCUCUCCUCGGGCGAGGCCUUCUCGGCGCUGCAUGACCUGGUCACCGUCGACGGCCAAGCCGCGCAGGGGGGCAACGGUGCGCACGUGCAUAUGUCCAUGUCGGCCGCGUCGUCGCUGGUUACGAGCCUGAGCAACUCCCGCGAGGAGAGCCCGGACCGGGGCGGCGGCCUCUCCAUGCUCUUCGCCAAGCCGCAGCAGCAGCAGCAGCAGCAGCAGGCGACCACCCUGGCGCCGUCCCCGAAACUCAUGAGCACCCUGGCGCCGUUGGGCUCCUGGGCGUCGUCGGCGCGACCGGCAGCCGUCUCCAUCGCUCAAAUGCCCAUGUUCGCCGCGUGGAGCGACGCAUGAACGAUCGGAUUCACCCAAGAACUCGUGCGUGCAUGCGUUUCAUGGAGACGGCAGGCAGUUUUUUCAUUACUAGCUAGGUCGGCGACGUGAUCAAGGAGUAGCGAGUGAUUAGAUGUACUUUGUUGGUGUAGUAAUAGUAGUACCAGUAGCAUCUAAGAGAACUAAGAGUAGUAGCACCAGUAGAGGACGGAGACUAUUACCGGAGACGUAAGAUUGAGGAAAUGCGCGCCGUGGCCUCCCCUGUUUCCUUCUUCUCCGGCUUACUGACGGAGGAGAAGGGGUUUUGUAAAAUGGGAGGCCGCCGGUGCAUCUCCUCCAAAUCCAGAAAUCAAAUAUUAUAGCUAGCUUAGCCUCACUUA